AUGUUUACCAUAUUAAAUUCCAAGCUCAACAAUCCUGACCUCAAUCAAGAAACGGAUGGCAUACUUCUGAAAGAUUUAGGCUGGUGGGAACCGACCUCAGAAUAUUGUAUGGAUAGCAGUUUGCAUGGGUUACGAUUUAUUGGUCAGCCAAACAGGCAUUUUGUGGAAAGAGUCUUUUGGUGCAUAGCAUUCUUAAUCUCUGUCGCUGUUGCGGUGAUCUUAAUAGUUGAAAUCUGGGAAAAAUAUCGAGUAACUCCAGUAAUUACUGUGUUUCAACACAAGGAGACCAGAAUUAAUCUCAUGCCGUUUCCUGGAGUCACUAUUUGCAAUACAAACAAUGUCUUGAAAUCCAUGGCAGAGGAGCAUGAAAAGCGAGUAAUUGAAAACCCGACAGACUUGGUUGCAAACCAUGAUCUUUAUUUAUUGAAUCACAUUUGUCAAUCCACCGUAACCUUCACUGAUUCAUUCAAUCUUUCUCUGGAUCGUGGGGCCGUGCGAGGUGACCUCAUGGACCAAGUAGUCAAAUUUAAAACGAGUCGGAAUAUCUCAUUCGGUUCAAACUCUGGGAGAGAUGUUGCUCAUUUGUUGAGUGAUGUUGCCCAAAAAUGUGACAGUAUGAUUCUGCUCUGCAUGUGGGGAGGCGAAGUGAGAACAUGUAGCGAUCUUUUUGACGAAAUUGAGACUGAUUUCGGCUACUGUUGCGUCUUUAAUAUGGUUCCGAUGUCAUUGUUGAUGAAUUUAAGAAAUGAUUCACGGGACAAUCAAGAACGAAUUGACGAAUGGGAUUCACUAGACUUGGAUACGGACAACAUUAUUCUCGACGAAGAUGGUGUUUUUGAGAGCAAUUAUAGAGAAAAAUUUGGCACACGGCCGAAAUACCCUUAUCGGCAAAGCCGUCCUGGAAAGACUACCGGACUCUCGGUUUUAUUGGACCCUGAUGAAGAGGGUUAUUUCUGCACGAAUACUGAUUCGGUCGGAUUUAUGGCAUUGGCUCACCUUCCCUUCGAUUUUCCGAACGUGGCUGACAAAGGAGUCCCGAUUAAACCGAAUACGGAAACAUACCUGAAAAUCGAACCUGAUAUAGUUACGGCUGGAAGCGAAAUUCAAGGAUUCCCACUGGAAAAACGAAAUUGUUACUUUGGACAUGAAUACUCUCUCAAAUAUUUCAAAUACUACACAGUAUCGAACUGCGAAAAUGAAUGCAUUGCAAACUUGACAUACAAUGAAUGUGAAUGCAUCCGGUACUACAUGCCGAGUAAGAAAUUGUUUUUUCAUAUUCUUCACACAUUCUUGAUUAUGUAUUAUGUAUGCGCAUGACAAAAAUGCAUCUGCGUUUAUAGGGAG